AUGAUGCAAAAUCCGCCAAGUGAAGCUCUCUUCAUCACCGGCCUCCCCAAAGAUUGCACGAACGACUUCACCAGAUCCAUUUUUGGUCAGUAUGGCACGGUGAAAGACGUGAACGUGCUACCGGUGCUCGCAGGCAAGGAGGCUGCAGCUGCCAUCGUCACGAUGACCAGUGUUGAUGACGCGAAGUGGAUCGUGGAGCACGUGAAUGGCAACGUGCCUCAGAGCCUGGUCUCUCCCGUGACUGUCCAAUUCGCAGCACCCAAGAGCGGCGGCAAGGGAAUGCUGAAAGGCAUGGGCGGUAUGCCCGGCAAGGGCGGAAUGAUGGGCGGCGCCGCCGCUGGCGGCGGGAAAGGUGGCAUGAUGGAUGUGAUGCAGCUCCUCGUGAGUGCUCUGGGCGGCCUUGGUGGCGGCGCCCUCGCCGGCAUGGGUGGAGGCGCCGACUGGGGCGCUGGUGCCUGGGGUGGCGGCGGCAAGGGUUGGGGAGGAGGCGGCGGCAAAGGCACAGGCAAAGCAACCGGCGCGCGACCACCUUCCAACAAUUGCCUCAGACUGCAGGGACUGCCCUUCUCGGCGACCGAGGACGAGGUGAGGGCAUUCUUCACUGGCUACCAGAUGACCGGCAGGAUUCACCUGAAGAUGGACGACUCCGGCCGCCCUUCGGGCAUCGGCUUUGUCGAGUUCGUCUCUGCAGAGGAGGCUAAGAGAGCCUACACUGAGAAGAACUUCCAGACAAUCGGCACAAGGUACGUGGAACUCAUGGAGGCCAUGAACCUCGGCUCACGAGACUCCGGGUCUUAG